UGUUUGCGCCGCUGUCCGCGCGCUGUAUCGCCGCUGCUCGCCGCCGCCGCCUGCCUUCAUUUCCAAUGCAGCAGCGACAAUGACAAGCAUCGCCGCUGCCUCUUUCUUUUCCAACACCUGCAAAUUUGGGGUCUGCGGACUUCAAUUCGACUCUCUAGCCGACCUCAUCGUGCACAUCGAGGAUAACCACAUCGACACAGACCCCCGUUUUCUGGAGAAGCAGGAGCAGCAGCAGCCUACAUAUGUUGCCCUCAGCUACAUUAACAGGUUCAUGACAGAUGCUGCACGACGAGAACAUGAAACUCUGAAGAAGAAGGUGCAGCCGAAGUUGUCUCUGUCUCUGACAGGCAGUCUGUCUCGCAGUAUUUCUACUCCGCCUCGCCACACCAGUGGAAACCUCACACCUCCCGUCACUCCACCCAUCACCCCAUCCUCUUCAUUCCGCAGCAGUACGCCAACAGGUAGCGAAUGUGACGAAGAGGAGGUAGACUUUGAGGAGUCUGACAGUGAUGAGUCGUGGACCACAGAGAGCGCCAUCAGCUCUGAGUCCAUCCUCAGUUCCAUGUGUAUGAACGGAGGUGAUGAGAAGCCUUUUGCCUGCCCCGUCCCGGGUUGUAAAAAGAGAUACAAGAAUGUGAAUGGGAUCAAGUAUCAUGCCAAGAAUGGCCACCGAACCCAGAUAAGGGUUCGUAAACCCUUCAAGUGCCGAUGUGGGAAGAGCUACAAAACAUCUCAGGGUCUCCGCCACCACACCAUCAACUUCCACCCACCUAUCUCCACUGACGUCAUCCGCAAGAUGCAGCAGUAGAGACUGAGUGAGCAGCCAGUGCUCUCCUUCUGGCCAUUUCCUGACCAUUUGAACACCACCAUCACCAGCAAUAGCUGUUUUUUUCCCCCACUGUUCACUCUCCUCUUCAGCCUUUCUGUCUUUUAUUACACUAUGCUAUGACACUAUUUUUCAUUGCAUGGUAUAUAAAUGUAUGAUUAUUUGUUUUUUUUUUUUAAUUUUAUUCAGAAUGUUGAAUCUUUAUGUAGUUCAGUUUUGUAUUUUGCACUUUUAAGCUAUCAUUUAUCUAUUUCAGUUUUCGACAUGUAUUGACCACUCAUUGAUGAGGUCACAGAUUGGCAUGUAGAGCAUGCUGCUCUAAAAACAGAUAUGGAUGUGUUUUAGAGAAAGGAGGAGUCUUUACCUUGCUUCUGUCUAGUUAAGAGUCUCUUUUCAAGUGAAAAAUGGGACAGAAGCUAAAUAUGUCAGUGUAGUAUUAUGUCAGAAAUGUUGGAUUCCUGACAUACUAGUACUGAAAACAUUUGAACAUGUUUUGUUCUCUUUGAAAUGAUAAUCCGUUUUUCUUUUCAUAUCUCAAGUAUUCCACACCUAGUUUCAUCUGUUUUAUUGCAAACACUUGUGUGUGAGUACCAAAGUUUAAUCUCAGGUGAAGUUUGCAAGCAUUUCUGCACCACAGUCCUGCCCAAGUGUUCUAGUCUAAUAUUUAUGCUGUUUGGUGGGAUCAUGGGAGUAUUAGAACUUGUGUUUCUAAUGUUUCCAUUCAGUCCUAAAACAGUUUUCCUCGCUAUUUUACAGCGAGGGAUUGAAGCACUUUUUUAACAACUUGCCAACAAUUCAGCAUUUUGUUGCCAAUAGCUCGUCUCUGGAGUUUGUAUCAUGGGUACCAAAACUUGAGAGCAGAAGUUUGCAAUUUCUAUAUUGCUACAAGGGACAGUGUACACCAAACCUCCAGUUCUUCCAGUAUUGUAAGAUUCCUGUAUGUAGUUGCCUUGAAAUGUAAACCAUUCCAGUCAGUACAAAUCUUUUUAUGGCUUCAUUCUGACACUCUACAAACAGCUCAUUUUGGACUGUUUGUUACUUGUUCUUUGUUUCAUGGUUCCCAGUUUUAUGAAAGUGUGACUGUCCUUGUGUCAAAUUGAUUUUUAAAAAAAAUUAGGCCCACAUAUAUUUAGCACAUGUACGUUCUCACAUUUAUCCAAUAAGGCUGUGAAAAACAUGUGACCGUCUUUGUGCCAUAUGGGUUUAGUGUCAGCUGAACAUAAAACCCCAUGUCAUCUAUGAAAUGUACUAAACCAAAAUGUCUGAAGUUGCCAUCAAAUAUAGAAAUUAUCAACAGUGAGCCAUUAAAUAACAUCUUCACUGCAUGGAUGUCAGUGUUAAGGAACUGCAGUCUGAUUUAGAAUUGUGACAGUAUUGUACUGCCAGUAUGGAGGUAUGUUUGAUAUAGUGUAAAGUGAAUGUAUUGUUCUGUGUUCAAGUGCAUUAAAUUAUAUUUUCAUAUGUUUCUGAAAGUAAAAACAAUGUGGACGAGGCAGAGGGAAAACUAGAGGAAAUUUGCAGAGACUAAUACUGAUGUACUGUAUUUCUUCAAAAAGCUGCUUCAUGUAAAUUUUUGUUACAUUUAGAAUAAAAGUUCCUCUGACGUGUGC